AUGGAGAACUUCCAAACCACCUUUAACUCAAAUCACACUACAACCAAUGAAGCUCUAAAGAGUCUGGGUUCUCUCUUCAAAUACGAGAAGGCUAAAUUGCAAGAGAUUCGUACUGGUCUGAAAACUGACCAUGAAACAUUUCAAACCACCAUCUCCUCUCAAAUUUCCAAGCUUCAAGACGAACUGACAAAGGAGAGUAACAUCAAGGACUCUCUUGCCCUCAAGACCGAAGAAGUAAAGGUGUUAAGUGCCAAACUAGAAGCUUCAGAGAAACAGCUACGGUGUAGCAUCACUGGUGAAGGAAAGUGGGGUGGAUUGCCUAUGAAGUUUCACCAAGGAGCUGAGGCCGGAAAAAAAUAG